AUGGCGGGAUCUUUUCCUGGAAAAUUGAUGGUCCGCGCGCGCGAGGGGCAUCCGUCACUCCUGGUCAACGUCGUCGCCGCGCACCCAAGUCGGCCCUGUGGAACAGGAUCUAUGUGCGUUGAGCUGGACCAGCUGGUUCUGCCAAACAGCUUGCAGGCCAAGGCCAUGGCCCUGACCUUGAGCGCCAACUUCUAUCACAAACCCUUGCUCAUCUUCCCGGAGCACCCAGAACCUGCUGCAUUCAGCCGGUUGACGGAGCUGAGCCUCUCGAAUUUGAAACUGCAGAUGCAUGGGUUCGGCGAGUUCUUGUCAUCAUGCUUCCCUCAGCUAACCAAGCUGCACCUUCGCAGUGUACACAACAUGACCGGGGAGCAGGGGCUGUGGCCGCUCAUCCUUCACAUGGACAUGCUCGAGGAGCUCAAGGUCAACGACGUCUACCAACUUGCGCUGCUGCAGGUGGUUGCAGCCAAGCUCCGGUUGCUGACCGUGGUCCACUGCUUCAGGAGUUUGGCGGCGCUCACCACCGACACUCUGGUUAACAUCUCGGCGCCGAGGCUGGAGGUGAUCAGCUGGUCCGGCAGGUUCCCCAAGCAGCUCAACUUUCUCACCGACGCUCGAUGCGUCCGCCGCUUGUCUGGCCUCCUUGUCUACUGGCCCAGCAUAUCGAGAAUCGAAUUCUCUUUGCAUGAUCUCGUGCAUUUCCUUGAGACAUGCUCUGGAGCUGACCGGUUAGAUGUUUUUGUUGACAUACCUGAUGGAUUCAAGCCAUCCAUGUUUGCAAGAGAGGACUUCGUGGAACGCAUACCAUGUCUUCCCAACAUCAGGACACUCUCCUUGACGAUCAUCACAAUUCUCCGGUUGCACAGCUGCCCAAUUGGUCCAAGUGUCUUUUCUUUCCUUAGGCGAUGCCCAAACCUAACUCUGCUGCACAUUGAUCUAUCAACAGUACACCAGUUUACAAGGCAGGAUCCACAUAAUCUUGUGUUUCCGGACGAUGAUGCCGAUACUGAAGCUGCAAAGCCAUGCCAAGGCCGCGAAUAUGAUCCACGAAAAGCACAUAAAGAACAACUGCAACUGGAAUCUCUUCGGAAGAUACGAAUCAGUGGCUUUGUUGGAACGGAUCCUGAGAUGGAUCUCGCCGAUCUCCUGUUCGGUGUUGGAGCCACACUGCCAGCACUCGAGAGGAUAUCAAUAUCAUCAUUUGCGCGGCUGAGUGGCCGUGUAGACAGGAUUGCCAUGAAGAUGAAGGCUCAGUUCCCUCUCACAGGCGGACGCUGGGAAAUCUCACGGUGGGAAGAAAUCAUAUGGACCAAGAACAAUAAUAAACAUUAA